GGCCGCCCGCCAGCAGAGGGUCUGGAGAGCUUCAUCGCCUUUAUCUCGCAGGAGCCGGUGGUGUGGGAGGGCACUUGGCGUGACAAUCUCGACCUUGAAGACAGGUUCACAGACGAGGCACUCUGGGCCGUCCUUCGAGGCGUGGGUCUCGAUGCCAUUGUUGCGGCAAAGCCUCAGGGGCUGGGUACCGUCCUCGCAGCUGAUGGAGGCAACCUUAGCCUGGAGCAGAGGUACCUUCUGUCCCUGGCACGCGUAGCCUUGCGCCGCCCUCCUUUGCUGCUGCUGGAUGAAUGUCCUAUGGCCUGGCGACCCAAG